AUGACCCUUCCACAAGACGAAAUCAACCAGUGCGUUGUCCUGCGCGAAAAGCACAACAUUGUUCUGGAAAACCGACCUAUUCCUGAACUCGGUCUUGGUGAUGUUUUGAUCAAUGUCAAGGCCACCGGCAUCUGUGGCUCGGAUAUCCACUACUGGCUCCAUGGUGGUAUUGGUGAUUUCCAACUUAAGGCACCCAUGAUUCUGGGUCACGAAUCCGCUGGUAUUGUUGCUGACGUUGGUCCCGGCGUGAAGCACUUGAAGGUUGGCGAUCGCGUUGCUCUUGAGCCCGGUGUCGCCUGUCGAUUGUGUGAUCAAUGCAAGUCUGGCCGUUACAACCUGUGCCCUGAGAUGUCUUUUGCUGCUACACCUCCAAUUGAUGGCACCUUGUGCAACUACUACAAGCACGCUGCCGAUUUUUGUUUCAAGCUUCCCGACCACGUGUCUCUUGAAGAGGGCGCAUUGAUCGAGCCAUUGUCCGUGGGCAUUCACUCUGCCCGUCGCGCCAACAUCAAGUCUGGCGACCGUGUCAUUGUGUUUGGUGCGGGUCCUGUUGGUCUUUUGUGUGCUGCUGCUGCCAAGGCCGCUGGUGCCGGCCACGUCACCAUUGCUGAUUUGGUCCCUUCGCGCUUGGAGUUCGCCAAGACCUACUAUACCGAUUCCCAAGUCUUGUUGCAACGUCCCAAUGCUGGCGAGCCCAACAUGGAAUACUCACGUCGUAUGACUCAAGAAAUCCUAAAGACCGAAGAACUGGCUGAUGCUGUCAUUGAUUGUACAGGUGCAGAGACGUGUGUACAAAUGUCCGUCCUCUUGUCCAAGAACGGUGGCUCUGUCGUAUUGGUCGGUAUGGGUGGCUCUGUUCAGGCGCUGCCUAUUUCUGAAAUCUCUUCGCGUGAGGUCGACAUCAAGGGUAUCUUCCGUUACUGCAACACAUAUGCUACUGCCGUCAAGAUGCUGGCAUCAGGUAUCAUUGAUGUUAAGCCUCUGAUCACCCACUCGUAUCCUUUGUCAGAUUCUGUCGAAGCUUUCAAGCACGUCAAGGAAGGUCGUGACGGUGCUAUCAAGGUUCAGAUCAUUGGCUAA